AUGAACUUCAUUGGUUCGGGCGUAGUUUUCCACGUCCCAAGUUUCUUUAGCGAGCUCAAGGAGCUUGAAAAAAACCUGACUGCGGUACAUGAUCGGAUCCUUGUUUCUGAUAGGGUCAAUAUUCUCUUGGACCUGCACAUCGCAGUGGAUGGUCUCGAGGAGGAGGAACUUGGAGCUAUCGGAACAACAAGACGCGGCAUUGGUCCAUGCUAUCAGACAAGUAGAGCGCGAACUGGCAUCAAAAUGGCCGAUGUCUUUAACCCUGAAGUUUUCGAGCAGAAGUUGAGGCGUUUAGCCGAUGGCUUUCAAAAGCGCUUCGGAGAACUGCUCAAAUAUGACAUCGAGGGCGAGCUUGCUCGUUUUGAUGAGUACAGACAAACGCUCAGUAAGUAUGUCGUGGACGGCGUGGCCUUUAUGAGAUCCGCACAGGAGAGCAAUAUGAAGAUUGUGGUCGAAGGCGCAAACUCUGUCGUGACGCGAGCCCAGGCCUUCCUGUCAAACCUCUGCGCCUCGUGGCAUGUCGGUAGACCAGUAUCAGUCAAGUCUCCUGUGAAGGAAAGGGGUUCUGGGACCUGGCGCUUGUACUUGUUCCCAAUCAAACAGGCACUGAUGCUAGAUGUUGACUAUGGUUCUUAUCCAUUCGUCACUUCCUCAAGUACUACACUUGCUGGUAUUAUCGGCGGACUUGCACUGAACCCAAAGAAUAUCACGGAGACGGUUGGAGUGGUCAAGGCUUAUACCACCCGUGUCGGGGCCGGGGCCUUCAAGACCGAAGAUACCGAAGAGAUCGGCACCAAGCUCCAGGAGAUUGGACGCGAAUGGACUUAUCUAGGGAACGUCGACUGGCCGCAGACGCCGAUGUGGAUGCUCGACGUUCUGGAUACUUUCGAAACGAUCAAGAUCGCCAUUGCCUACAAGAUCGAUGGAGAGGAAUUGGAUUCUUACCCUGCGGAUCUUGAUAUUCUAAACCGAGCUGAGGUGGUUUACCACGAGAUGCCAGGCUGGCAAAAGCCGACCACCAACGCGAGGACCUAUUACGACCUUCCUAGGGCAGCCCGCGAGUACGUCGAGUACAUCGAGAAGUUUGUGGGAGUCAAGAUCAAGUACAUUGGCACAGGUCCUGACCGUGAGGCCAUGAUCCAGCGUGCCUAA